AUGGUAAUUUCUUCAACUCGUUUUCUAUGGCUAUUCCAAAUCUUUACAGUUCUAUAAUGGAAACUCUUUUGCCUUGUCGUUGUUUUGUAUGGUGGAAUAAUUAGAUCCUCCUUAUUCCUCUAGACAGCUAUAUUCUACACAGACAAUCUUCGAGUUAGUCACUGCUUGCACAGCCAGUCUUAUAUGACUAAAAUUUACGAAGAUUUUCGAAGUGUUUCCCAAUAACUCUCUGCUUAGAUAUUUAGACUACGUGCACACGGUAACGUUUUCGAGCGUUUUCAUUUGCGUUUUCACGCUAAAACGGAUGCGAAAACUAUUAAUUUACGACUGAAGCUGUAGUUUAUUUAAUAUAUUGGAGAUAUUUUCCUUUGAACCACGUGAACAGGGCAUCAAAGCGAUUAAAGGGACAAAAACGUUUUUGAAAACGCUCGAAAACGACGCCCGUGUGCACAUAGCCUUAGUUCCUCUUCCUGUAAUAUGGCCUGUAACUCCGGAAUUCUUAAAGGGAUAUGGCAAUAUAAAUUAAGUUUGUCUUAUUUGAAAGAACAUUUAAAAUGAUAUAUAAACUUCCUUUACACUAGUUAUUCCGUAUCUUGCUUGGUUUUCGAAAUAAAUCGACUUAUUUUGAUCAAAAGCAGCGUGCAUUCCGCCAUCUUGGAUAUGCAUUCGAUAUGCAUACGUCACAAGUAGGGUAAAAAGCGAAACUUUUAUCUUGCAAACCACAUGUCAUUAUCAAUAUGAAACUCGAUUUUCCGAAGUCUUUUUAGUACUCAAUUAACUCACAACAUUUUAAGAAACUUUUGGAAGAAAUUUAGUCCCACAUGAAGACGUUUUAACAAGUCUGCCCUGCUUGUGACGUCAUCAAAAACUGAGGCCCGCGGCAUCUGCCGCAUCUGCCACGUAGUUAAUAGGGAGCUUUAGAUUUGACUACGAGUACGACUACGAGUACGAGAUUUGAUCGCGUGCGAGGAAAUAACCGUAGUCGUUUUCGUUUCCAUUCAAAUGUUGCUUUUAUAACAGUAAACCAACAACUAGAGAAAAAGUUUCAUAAAGUAAAUCUCCUGCCGACUAAAAUCCCCUACAAAACGUGUAAAUAAGUCAUAACAUUAAAAACAGGCCAGAUAUUUAGCACUAAUAUAUUAUUUGCGCCGGAUAAACGCUAUAUAAAUGCUACAAAUUAUUUUUGGAAAACAAAAAAAAGUCAACUUUCUUUGUUUUUUUUGAAAAGUCGUCGUGAGGACUACGAGGUUUCUCCACAAUUUCGUACUCAGAUGGGCGACGGCUACGACUUUUUAGCGUCAGUACGGGAUGGCGUAAGCAUACAGCAUGCGUUUAGCUUGACGAAUCUCGUACUCGUAGUCGUACUCGUAGUCAAAUCUAAAGUUCCCUAAUACGGCCCUGACUGCGAAUGUUUUAAAUUGCUUCAAAAACGAUCGACCUGGUAAGUUUAUUGGCGAAGUAAUUUUAAAUAAUACGUUGUGUAAGUCGAGAAAAUCAAAGUUAAAUUUUAUCGGUAAAUCAAUAUGCUUUUUAGUCGCUGGGCAGAGCUCGCAGCGACUCUAGGUUUCGGCACGCAUUUGUGUCGGAUCUUGGAUCGUUAGCCACAAAAUGACAAUACGUCAUUAAUAAAAAAUAAAAAUUACGUCAUUACUAUUCGUCGCUGAAUUCAAGAUGGCCGCUUACUACGAGCGAAUGGUAUCAUCGAUUUUGUACAUAUUUUUUUUAUUUUUCCGAUGAACCUUAAAAGUUUUCCGAUGAAACAGACUUUAUAAAGCGAAAGUCAUUUUAUGUGAGUAAACUUGGAAGGCUACAAGCUUGAAAUAGAGGACAAAAGUUCACAAUUUUCAAUUUUACAAAGUUGGAACGGGCCGCAACCUUUGUAAAUCGCAAAAAUAAUAUUCGCAAACUGCUGUUUAUUUGGGUGCUUUUUUUACGGCUGUUGAUGCAAAUAAUCCUGUUACGGAUAGGUGGUCAAAAGAACAUGGUGUAGCCUAACAAGACCGAAAUACAACCACAGUGAUCACCAUUCAUCACUACUUGUGUGAAAUUUAAACUUUGCCGCUAGGUGUCAGGCUUUUAAAUCUGUAAUAUUUCAGUCAUUUUAUGAUCAAUGUAUUGUGUUUCUAACGCCAAACUGGAAAAUGUUGGAGCCACAGUAAUAGACUCUUUCAAGGUCAAGAUGCCAUAAUCAAACACAGUCUAAGAGCUGCAAACACAAUGGAAAUUCCUACUAGUAAAUUUGCAAGGUUGUAUAAACACAAUGGUGUAAAAAGGAUUGAUGCACAUGAUUCGUACGCAAAAUUCCCAUUGGUCAGAAAUAAAUAGCUUUGUUUUUAAGGUAAUGCCAAAUUGUUGUUCACGUAAUGAUAUUCCGUACUUGUAAUUGUACUUUAACUAUUUUUGGCCAUGUUAAUGACUGCCUUUGCUGCAGUCAAUAACAGUUAUGAUUAUUAUUUAAUAUGUAAUUCCUGGGCAUUUGAUGAAAAUUGGAAUAUUUAGUUUUGAGAUAUUGGUGGAAAAGUUGGCCAUUAUUGUCAUAUUUUAAAUUAGCUUUGAUAAUCUAAUGUAUCAAUUAAUUCCAGCAGUUCCCACCCCUGGGCCUUUGCAGCUAUUCCUAAUCAUGGGGGUGGGGCUAUUGCCGAUAUUUUUUAGCCCUGGGGUGAGGAUUUUGACAUUUUCCAUCAUGGGGGAUUUGGUAGAUUUGCUGGAAAACUGAUAUUUAAUUUGAUUGCAAAUGGCUUGUGGACAUAGCCAUUUUCUUCCCAGAAAUGGCUAAUACCUCGGGGGGGAUGGGCACUGCUGGAAUUGACUGAUACGUAAUUAACAAUUGCCAUUUUGAUUGGUUGUUAUUUUUGUGCAUCCCAAUCAUUGUCCACUUUUUAUUGACUUCAGUAACAGGCUUACCCUGCGAGCAAAGUCCUCUCGUAUUUCUUCUCAGCACGAGAGAGACUCUGCAGAACUUGUGUAUAUUCUUUGUGGAGCCGACAAUCCAAAAACAUGGAUAAUUAUGAGUAAUUUCAGGUUUGAUACCAGUUUUAUAACCGGUUUUGAUCUGAACCGGAAACUACUUAUUAAAUCUUCCUCUGGGAAAUAGGCAGUUGCUUAGCAACCUUCGCGCAUGCUCAAAUGAAUUUAUACACAAGUUCUGCAGAAUCUCUUUCGGUUUUCCGUGCCGUGCCGAGAAGAAAUACGAGAGGACUUUGCUCACAGGGUAUAACAGGCUCUAUUUCAAGCAUCGAGCCUGACACGCAAGCUACCUUCAAAGGGCCUAUUUGGCAACUUCUGUUGUGGUUACCCAGCCUGAGGCAAAAGUAAUAAAUUAUGAAUUGUUAUAAAUGUUCUGUGAAGUGCACAUAUUUUUCCUGCAGUUAGGGACCAGUCCUUAUUUAUGGAAGAGGGAGGGGGGGGGCAAAAGGUGGGGCCAUGACCCCAUGAGUAUAAAUAAUUUACUAGAAGGGGGGGAUUAAAUUUUUUGAGAAAAUCAGUUGAAGGGUCAAAAUGUGGAGUUGUAAUAAAUUUGUUUAAGCCUGGUUUCCAGUGUCCUCGAAGUUGGCCUAAGCCAGAUAAAUCCAAUAUAUGAUAUCAACCUCGUACCCAGGGCUUCUGCGCUUAUACACUGCUCUCAGAAGAGAGAGCAAUAAGCGCAGAAGCCCUGUGCAGAAGACCUUAUUUUAAUAGCCCCAGCGACUAAACGCUCAACAGAGCGUCUUGUUUGUUUUAAAAUGCAUGCGUUUGUUUUUACGUAAUGGACCGUCGGAAAAUAUUACUAAAAUCACUAAACUGUCAACAUCUCCGCUAAGAUUUUCAAACGGGAAAAGACGUUUGAUAAUUCCAAAUUCAAUUUUGGUUCAAUCAUGUGAUCAAAUUGUUUCAUCAUUUUGGUCACAUGACUUCACGAUUUGAGAAUGCUGAUUAUUCCCAGUCAACUGCGAAACAACUCAGUAUAUCAUCAAGAUUGAGAUCAUAUUUUCGCUAAAAGGGAGAUCAUAAGAUAGAUAGAUUGUUUAUUACGAUUAUGGAACUCUAAAAUGAACAUAACACGUUUGCAACAAAUAUUUCAUAUAUUCUGUUACAUUGACCUUCGUUUGGAUGUUUUGUGACCUUGUUUACGUUUGAAUAAAUUGACUGUUGAGUAACGAAUUUCUGACUUUUAUUUCAAGCCUAUACGCACCUGAUUGGAUAAUAAAAUUAGAAACCCAUAUACAAAAAUAAAUUGAUAACAAAAACAUGAAGUCAGUGAUCAAAAUGAUGAAACAAUUUGAUCACAUGAUUGAACAAAAAUUGAAUUUGGAAUUAUCAAACGUCUUUUCCCGUUUGAAAUUCCUAGCGGCGAUGUUGGCAGUUUAAUGAUUUUAGUAAUAAUGGACCGCUGAAAGUGCUUCUCAGCCAAUCACAGUCCACCAUUUCACCGGAAGUGAUGCUUGCCAUAUAAUAAGCAGGCGUAAAGUGGUUGCAUUUCAAAUUUCGCCAUAUUCUGAAUGAAGAGGAAUUGUGGCGUCAGCAAUAAAUUCCAUACGCCAGAGUACACGCCAAAUCGCAGCGUGUAUUAACGUAGCUUAAAGGCACAGUUCAGCCUUUUGAAUGAUGGUUUUUAAGGCGCAUUUCAGCCCUUUUAAUUGAAAAAACUAACUAGGAAAAUCAAUUAAGCAUAAUUCAAAAUCAGCAAACUUAAUGUUUUUAACAUUUAAAACAUUUUUAUUGUAAUUAAAGGGGCUGAAAUGCGCCUUAAAAAGCAUCAUUCAAAAGGCUGAACUGUGCCUUUAAGCUAAAAACAGUUUAUCGGCAAAAGCAGUUUAGUUGAAUGAACAUUUCAAAACAUUUUUAUACGAAGCGUUUCAGAUAAAAUUUUACAUUAAAUCAAAGCUCACAAAAUGCAAAAUACCAUUCCUAUACAGUAUAUAUUUUGGAAAUUCAUUGUUGUAUUAUUAAAAGUACCAAUCUUUUUUUUAGUACCAAAACGUACCAAGAUUAUUUUUUGAGUGCGUAAGAAUUGUUUAAUCUUUUUGCUGACGUGUUUUGAAUAUUUAUGUUCUUUUAGUGGUUUCCAUCUCGCAAAGGUCUUAUAUCUGGUAUCAUCGUGUCUGGAUUUGGUGCUGGUGCAUUUAUUUUUGAUCAAGUGCAGACAGCAUUUAUUAACCCACAUAAUUUGAAAGCCAAUGUGACUGAAGGCCCUGGUGAUGAAAAGUAAGUUAUCUAAGAGUAAUAAUAUUCGGGAAGUAUCGUAAUUGUCACCAUCAAUCACAACUUUUACUUAUACGGUCAACUCGCGCACUAGCGUGUGACCUUGUGUACAUAAAUAAACAAAUUGGCAACACAAUUACUCGCAAGUUUACAAACGACAAUUUUUUCAAGGUUGUGUUGAAAUAAAGAUUAGAUCAAUUAAUAAUGUCUCAACAGUCCAGUUGAAUGCUUUAAAAUGUGUUAAUUAAAAUUCAAGUGCAAAGUUAAAUAAUUCAGGUGUGAUUUUUCAUUAGUACUUCGACGGAACAAGGGUUAUUUCCUUUUAAUUAAUAACCAUUAUUUUUGGAUUAGCGCGUGUUCAAAACACUACAGUGAGACCACAGUUAUUUUAAUAGAUGGUUUGGAGACUCAUAAGGUACAAUAUAACUCAUUAACUAUGUUAUUGUCCAGCUUUAUGCAAGAAUUUAGUCCUAUCUCGUCACGUGUGUAUUGCAUUUUCGCUCAAAUAACCAAUAACAAGUUUGUGGUUGAGUUAUCCAUCCGUAACUUGAACAAAUGCUCAACUUAAACAUUCUAUUGGUUGUGCGGGAAAAAAUACAAUACACACGUGACGAGAUAGGCCCAAAUUCUUGCAUAAACCGAAACCAACAUAGUUAAUGAGUUAUAUUGUACUUUCAUCGAGUCUCCAAACCAUGUAUUCUAUUAACUGUGGUGAGACUGAUAAAUUUUACAAUAUGAUAUCCGAACCACACGGUUUGAUCAUAUCAUCCCGAUUUUGUACCUUUGUCUUUGGCGAAAUAUUCAUAAUACCGCUCGUGCUUCGCCCAAUUAAAAAAAUGUGCGAUUUUUAAUUUUUAUUAAUAGUAUUUCCUAAUUAACAAACAAAGUAACUUUGAAUCGAGGAAAGAAUAAACUUGCGUCCGUUACCAAAACAGCAUGUUAUACAAACUGGCGGUUACUUUGUUUCAGAAUAAAUCCUGUCAUAAGUUAAAGGUGAUCUACAGUCCGAUCUGCGCAUGUGCACAAAUGAGCCCACUUUUUAUGAUACAAACAGUUUGACUAUGUUUUGAGUUCUUGAAAAGCCUGAUUGUUGUUUCUUGAUCAUUUAUUAUACUCUACAAGCUUGAAAAUAUAAAUAGUUGUCGAAUAAAGCUCAAUAUUUUGGACAAAAAAAUGUAAACAAAGGCUUUGUUUACAUACGGACUGUAGAUCACCUUUAAGGUUACAGAAGACCUUUGAGUGUUAAUUUUACCUAAUUUUUUUUUAUUGGUUUCCAUGAAAGCAUUAGACUAGUUCUACUAUCUGACCAAAUUUGAACGAAAAAUGUUGAAAACUCGCAGAGUUAUUUAAUAAAAUACAUUUCGCUGCAAUAAGAAAAACAUUGAAAAUGUAAUAUUCAAAUUAAAUUUUCUCCCGAAAAAUUUUACGGUAAUUACUGAUUUUCAAACGAGUUGUGCCCCUGCGGGUUUUAACCAAUUUUUCUCAAAUUUUCACAGGACAUAGCUAAAUACGUCAGUUUCAAAAUUGUGUUCGGCUUUUUUUAAUUUUGGAUAUUUUAAUAAUAAAGAGCAAUUCACUCAAACAAUUCAGAAAUAUAUUGCAGUCGUCAAAGAAAUCGCUAUAUCAGCGGAAUGACGAAAUAAACAAAAAUUUCCGAACACAAUUUUUUAGAACAACUAUUUUGCUGUAUAAAAAUGAUAUUUUCAUAAAUAUAACUUAAAACCAGCAGGAGCACAACUCAAAAGCGUAACGGUACCGCGAUUUAAGAUUUUCCUGAAUAAUUCUUACAUUAUUUUAUUGUUUGUUAAUUUUACAACUUUACCAUAUUUUGCAUACCCUGGCGAACAUUUAGUGAAAAUUUGAUUAAAAUCGGACUGAUAUUGAGCGCGCAGUAGCGGUUUUCCGCAAAACGCCAAAAAUGGUGUCCUGUAACCUAGGUGACUCUAGACAGAAGACACUCUUACGAUUUUCAUACUUUUCUAAAGGGAAUAAAUAUGCCUCCUUUUCAAGAUUUGUGCGUACUCGCGAGUAGCGGCUCAUACCAGUGCUCGAAACACUCGCGAGUGUCUCGCUCGUACUCGCUACUCUUGAAUCAACUGUAUGUUACUCGAGAACGGGACUAUACAGUACAAUCACAUUGAAUAAGCCAAGUCAGAGCCUGGACUGUGCAUCCACAUGACGCGUACAUCACGCGUCCGGAUAAAUUGCAGUAAAUUAAUUGAAUCAUGACAUGUAGCUGAGACCUAAGUUCUCUCAAAAAAGGCUAAAUCCGCAGAGAAAUUGGGGGGGGGGGGGAUAUACGUUACAUGUUCGAAGCUGAAACUGUCUAAGUACGACUCGAUUGAGGAAAUGACGAUAUACUGGAGGAAGUUGAUUUGUAAAAUCUCGUUAAAGCAGCUCUAGUAGUUGUAGAUAUGGUUUCAAGUAGAAUGGAUUUAGUGUAGAUUUUAACUGUUAAAUACAGAACAUUUCUGAUCAAAAUCACAUUGGGAUUUUCUCACCCAACAUCUCAGAGGGGAAAUAAGGUGACACUGACCUCUCCUCCUGUUUAUCAAGGUGACGUUUCCAACUUAUUUCAUUCUGAGGAGAAAUGUCUGGGAAAAUUCAUGUCUUCGAUGUACUUUAUUAUCUUCGGAAUUCCGCAAGAUUCCCAAAAAUGUUUGGGACUCUAGAUUUCAAAAUUUUUCCGGGGGUUCAAGCCCCCGGACCCCCCUAGACGGUAUCACGCCUUUGGCGUUCGCUCGACCCCCUAACCCCCAACCCCCCCCAACAAAAAAAUAAAAACAACGAAGUUUUGCCUACGCCACUGCUGGUCAAAAAAAAAAUUCAUUAAUGAAUUAAACCAAAGCAAAAAACACAUUUUUAUUAAUGAAACCAAAGUAAUAUAAACAACACUUUCCCGCCAUUUCUUGCUGCAUUAACCCGCGUACGAUUUAAUUACCAAUAUGAAUCGAUCGAAAUAAAUCGGAAAAUUAAAAAAAAACAGUGACACACAGACUAAUUUGCCAAAGUUUUUCAGCAUCUGGGCUGCUGGAUUUGCCAUGAAAGACGGUAAAUCGUAGGUUUCGUCGUGUUUAUACUCAGUUUUAAUUUUCGAAAUUAUUGUAUUUUUUGUCUUUCGCCGAAAAUAUAUCUAGCAGUUAUUAUCAGAAGCAGUGGCGAAGCUAGAGGUCGUGCUAGUCGUGCUGGGCACGAGUAAAAAUGUUUUCAAAGAAAAUAAUUUUUUAGUCUUAAAAAAAUUCCCUCAAAAUUUUAAAAAUGAUUCAUGGUACACGUGCGUCAUCUAUUAAGUGCGAAAUCCUCUCAAAUCCGGUGAUUUUGCUCUGAUUUUAAACCAAUUCGAGGUAUGAUUGCAUAGUUUCACCCGACUGCGGGUUAAUAGCACGACCAACGGGUAAUCCGCCCGUUAGUCGUGCUCUCGUCAUGCGAGCACAACUAAAUUAUAAAUUCCAACGCAUUCUAUUGGCUAAAUUGCUCCUCGCGCAUGCGUAUCUCGCUGAAUUUUGUCUUCUGGUCGUGUUCAUCUUCGAAAACACGACCAAGUUAAAUACCGUAAAUUAUUCAGCAAUUCUGUCGAGAUUUAUUCAAGUUAUCUUAGUUAUGUAUAUAUGGAAAUUGACCAAUGUCAAUCGAGUGAAUCGUAGGAAGGCUAUUUUGAUUUGGAUAGAAUAUUUCUGGCUUCUAACAAGAUAUUUUAGCUCACGAAAUGCUUGUGAACAGACUCGAUUGUGUAUUCUACUGUAUAUAUAAUGGCGAAUAUAAACAAGAUUUGUGAAGACCUUUCCUAUUGAUAUAAAUAUAUUUACUAUACCAGUUAAUUUGCUUUAUUACAUGAGUGCUUAUAUAAUUGGAGGUUUACAGAUAUACCAAAUAUCUAAACAAAGUAUUUUUUAACAUUAGGUUUCUGCUUCAAAUUUACAAGGUCCUUGUACACACUAUACUAUAGUAUACUUGACCUUACGCAAUUCCAAAUGGAAGAUCAUAUUACAGGAGGGUAUUUAAUAAAAAGUACACAAUCAUACAAAAUUCUCCUCUUUCUUCUGGCUAUAUUGAGCGACAUUUUCAGUUAAGUUGAAAUAUAUAGUGAAAUAAAAUUAAAUUUUGUGGAAAUACAAAUUUCCAAAAGAAAAAGUAUUAAGAAUUUUCCUCUUAUCACACGUUUUUUUGUUACUCUCUUUGCAUAAAUUUCACCCUGAAAUCGCAGGAAAUGGCCAUUCCAGACUUCAAAAAUCAAAAUUUUCCCGGGGGUACAUGCCCCCGGUUCCCCCUAGCCUGUGCCGGUCUUAUAGUCUUAGAGCAUGACUAGUCAAAUGCCCUCAGCUUCGCCAGUGAUCAGAAGAAUUGAAGAUACUUUCUAAAUCACUUAUAUUCAGUUUUUGUUGCCUUUUUGUAUGUAUUUGGUCUUCCUGUAUCUUUUUCAAGUUGUUUUCUCGACUAUUUUGUACGCUUUUACCCAAAACUUGUCGAGACAACAACAAAUUCGACGAAUGCCAAGCCGGUUAAUUUUACACGUAGAACUAUAGAAAAUUGCUUUGUUUCUUUGGUCUAUUCCUUCUUGCUUUCUGGUAAAUUUUGUAUUUUAAAAGCUGUAGGUUUGUUUACAUUUUUUGCUAAAAAGCAGUGAUGAAGCGGGAAAAAACAGAGAAAGAGCAAGGCAGUUGCCACAGAUCACAGUGCAUUAUUGCGUCACAAUGCACGCGCAUUAGCCAAUCAAAUCGUCUGUUAUAUCACACUUAUAUUAUUUUAUAAAGGUAAUUGAAUUCAAUAACUGAGAAAAUAUUUCUGUUUUUGUUUAAGAUAUUUUAGUCAACAUGAGCUAUUAGGAAAUGUACCUGCCAUUUUUAUCCUACUUGGUUGUGUGUAUGCUGCAAUGACUUCUGUUGGUUCACUUCUUUUAACAAAACCUGAAGUAGAUGGUCCACAGGUAUUAAUUUAAUUUAAUUAAAAUUAUGGUAAGAUAUAAUUACUAUAUAUGACUGAGAGCUGAUUGAUUUAUUAAAAUAUCAAAUGUCUAUUAGAUAUAUCUAUCUUCAAAUCGUCUUUCCCACCGUUCCCUCAGGGUUUUUCCAUUUUCAUAAUGAUUAUUCUUUUACCUUUUCAAGACGUCUGUUUACACUGCUCUAAUUGACGAUACUGACUCGGGUUGUAAGGAGAGCCAAGAUCCGUAAGUCUAUAGAAACCUUAACUUUCUGCAUCCUAUACAGUUUCCUUAUAAUUUAAAAAUAAUAUGGAGGGUAAAAGUUUAGUUUGUGUCAUUUUGUGGAAGAAUUGGCUGUCCGCCAUACAGAUGACGUCCAUAUAACAUUAUUUAUCACACGGGAAGGAGUGCAAUUAAUGAUUAACACUACGAGUGAUAUUUGAAAAAUGUGCCAAAAUUGCACGAGCCGCCGAGGCGAGUGCAAUUUGGCACAUUUUUCAAAUAUCACGAGUAGUGUUAAUCAUUAAUUGCACGACUUGCCCGUGUGAUUAUUUAUUUAUUAUAUGCAUGCAUGACACAAUCGCUUUCUUUAUAUAUUAACUGCAUUUUGUCAAGAGUUUUUAAUUCUUUUGUAAGCAAUUUGGUAUAAACAAACUUGGGAAAUGAUUAUAAACUCAAAAAGGCACAUAACUUAAACUAGAACAUAAGAUUCAAACUCAAACAACAUAUUUUAGACUAAGAAAAUCUUUAUGAAUUGUAUUUCAAACUUACAUAGUCAUGUUUCGCUGCAUCCCGCCGAGAUUAUUUCUCAAAACUGCUUACAUGCAGGUAUUUUCCACAGGCUCUUUUUGCCAUACAAUCUUUUUUAAACUCAUUCUUGUGCCAAAAUUCAGUUAAAUUCGUCCACAUUUGUCAGAAAUACUUAUUUAAAUUUCGCCGCCAUAUUGGAUUUUGUUGUUUUGAUUUCCCGCUCCCCCCAGCCAUCACGAAAAUCAUUAAUUGCACUCCUGGUGAGUGCAAUUAAUGAAAUAAUUGCACUCCUCUUUACCAAUCAGGUUGCAGUAAUUUUGUCAUGUAUAUAAUAGACGUUUUUAAAGAUUUAAAAAAAUGUUUUCAGUAAAUUUGGUACUUGAAAUCGUGACCAACGUUAAAGUUUCGGCUCAUAACGACCAUUGAUUAUCUAGGUAAAAUAUUUUGCGUGACGAUAAUAUAUGCAUGAAUAUGUAUUCAGGAAACAAAAGUGAAUAGUGUUUUUAUUCGUUCUUUAUUUUCUUUUGUUAUGAUCAACCUGUUUAUAUAGGUUGGUACUGAUCCGCUUGUGAUAUGCAUAUCCCAGUGGCACAUCUACAAUAAUCCAAAAUGGCAGUCAGCUCAUUGAUUUCUGCUGAUUUCGGUCAAAAUAAUUUAUGAUCUAUAAGCAAGAUUUAAAAAGCUGUAUCACACUGUUGUACGCAUAACGUUAAAAGUUGACGUCUUUCAGAUUAGGCAAACCAUGAUCUUAUAUGCAGUGUUUCAGCAAUUCAAAGUCGAGUGUUCGGAUACCAUGAGAUGUGAGAUUUCCAUGCAUGUGCAUGCAUGAAUGGAUAUAUAUAUAUAUAUAUAUAUAUAUAUAUAUAUAUAUAUAUAUAUAUAUAUAUAUAUAUAUAUAUAUAUAUAUAUAUAUAUAUAUAUAUAUAUUUGUUAUAUAGUUAGUGUCAAAGUUCAAUUUUUCUGUUUGCCGAUUGGUCAAAACCGUGUCACGUGCGGUCCACAAAACGUCAUGUUCGGCAACCGGUCCGCAAUCAAACAUUUAUUGACCGGUCAAUAAUAAAAUGGGUGCAAUUAAUACGCAUGCGUGUCAACCAUGAACUUCAUUUUUAAAACUUUUUACUAAACGUUUACGGCGUUCCAUUUGUCCAGUUUUGGUUUCAAAUUAAGUUCACUCCAUAUUUAUUUCAUUUCAAAGUGCGAGUAAUAAGUUGAUUAGUUGAACCUCGAGUUGAAGAGCUUAAUAUCGGCAAAAAGCAGUUAAUCUCAAUCAAUUCACAUUUAAAAAAGUUUGACAUACAGUUUCGUUUUGAAUUUUACCGUAGAGUAAAGCCCAUAGAAAGCAAAAUAAUAUACUUUAUAUCUUUUUUAAAUUGAUAGUUCUGUAUUUAAAAGUGUUCAAGUUUCAUCUAUUUUUCAUUUUCUGGCAGAUUUGUACAAAAAGUUUAAAAAACAAUUAUCGUGUUGCCAUGACUAACAUGGCGUAACAACGCGAGCCUGCGUUCAGUGUUGGCAUAGUUACGAAUACUUCAUGUGCCUUCACAGGGCACAGGCAGAAAACUUUGCCUGCCGCGACUGGGUUUCGAGGCCGCGCGACUUUCGAGUUACUUUCUAACAAACAUACUUGCAGGUUCGGUGAGUCCGAGAAUGGACUCACCUCGGGUGGCUGGAAGUUUCCCGAACCCAUCGAGCGAAUGUUUGGUUUUUAUCACAUGCCAUUUCGGUAAAAAGUACUGAAUUGACGCAUUUUAGUAUAUAAUUUCUUGUUUGGAUAACGAACAUUUUAACUGCCAACAUACUACGCAAACAAACAAACUUACGCUUAAAUUGAAGUUGAAAAAAUUCUCUACAAUAUUCCCUUAUUCUUGAAAAGAGAUAAUGAAUACAUUCUGCGAAAACAUUGCCAAGAUUUAUACAAACCCUGCCCGUGCCGAAAAAUUUCGGCGGCCAUCUUUAUUCUCUUCCACUUUGAUUACAGAAUAUUCCAUUUUCAUCAAGCAAAAUAAAAAAUAAUUAUUUUAAUUAUUAAAUUCAUUUCAAUAUUAAAAACAUACAAUUACAGUUUUAUAAUCAAUAGAUUAAUCAAUAAUAAUCUGCAACAAUUAUAAUAAAUAUUUGAUUAAAUUUAUAAGUUCUUUGAAUAAAGUUGUUUCAAUAGUCACAAAAAAGGCAUGCACACAAAUACUUAACUUCAAAUUGUUGUAACAACAAGAUAUACAAUAAUAACAUCAAGUUUAAAAAUGUCAUCAAUUCAACAAGUGUUCAACAAUUUAAAAAAUAGUUUUUAGCUUUUACAAAUGUUUAUUGUAAUGCCACCCUCAAUUUUACAAUUAGAAAAGGUUGGGAUCGAUGGGAAGGUUUUUUCCAUCACUUGUCUUGUCUGCUCAAGAACUGGUGGUUGUUGUUUCUGGAUGUGGCUUGGGAUGACAUUUGUACCAAAUCUGAAUUUUCUGAGGUUGUUUGAUUCUCUAAUUGGCUUACGGCAACCGAAAGAUCUUGGUCGUCCAUGUCAUCUUUAAAGAAUAUUGGAUCAGAAGAAGCCAAGGCUUGUCGAGGGUCUACAAUAGUUGCAGAACUUCGGUUAGGUCGACGUUUUGUCUGUAUUAUGUUUUCUUGAUAGGGGUUUUGUCGCUUGGACAGUGGAAUACGACAUUCAGAUCUGGAAAUUACAUAGAUCUCUUGCAAUGAGGGGUUUGAAGUGCGUGAGGAAGGUUGGUAAUUGGUUUCUCGAGGAUGUUGUUGGUAAACCAAGGCUUGUCGAGGGGCUACAAUAAUUGCAGAACUUCGGUUAGGUCGACGUUUUGUCUGUAUUAUGUUUUCUUGAUAGGGGUUUUGUCGCUUGGACAGUGGAAUACGACAUUCAGAUCUGGAAAUUACAUAGAUCUCUUGCAAUGAUGGGUUUGAAGUGCGUGAGGAAGGUUGGUAAUUGGUUUCUCGAGGAUGUUGUUGGUAAACACUGGAAAUUUCAUCUUGUUUGGUUAGACAGCUUGAAUCACCGGUAAGGGUAUAACCAAGUGUGCAUCCCAUUCGGAGUUUUUCAUCUGAAGCCACUUUUUGAUAGAUAGCCAAACUUGCACUACUUCGAUAGCCAGUUCAUGGAGAUUAUUUGCUUGUCGUGUAGUUGUUACGCUUCAAGGCUGUUAUCCCAGAAGUUCUUAGGCUAUGGUUGGUGUAACCUUUUUGUGUGAAUCCACAACUUUGGGCCAAUUUUGACAUGAAGCUAUCAAGAGAAUUGUAGCCAACAUUGCCGGGACCAUACCAAACCUUUGACCAUCAGUAGGAAAUAAGUUGAACUUAGGAGUUUGCCAGAAGUAGGAUGAAGGGCUUCUGUAUACAUAAUGAAGCUUCGUACUGGGCAAUAUUUCUUAUCAACCAUGGAGGGCAUGUAACCAAUGAGAAUAUAAUUUUCGCUCGCUUUAUGAUAAUUCUUUGUUGCUUCAUCUUCUGCUCUUAUCACAUACUUCAGGUCAUCGCAGUUUUUUCAUCAAGUUUGACCACAAAUGUUGUCUUCGUCAUUUUAUGCAUGUUUUCUGCUCCACGACGGGCAAAAUAGUACCUGAUGUCUAACUGGACUUUCUUCUGGAGGUGUCUUGGUCCAAUGUCUGGAUCUAAGUGGUAUAUAUCAAACAAGUCUGAAAACAACAAAAUGUGGUAUUAAAUUAAUUUAGUAUGACGGACAUAAUGACGGGUUACAAUAGCUUAUUUUUAGGCUACCUGCUCUGUUAAUAGCUUCAUGGUUCUUCGUGAAACCCUUUCCUUCUUGCUUCAGCUCUUUGGUCGCCUCUUCGUAUGCUUUAAUACUCGAGGUGAAAGCUGUACAUUCUCUCUUUGUAAUUGUAAUGCCAAAUUUAUGUCCGAAACUUUUCAGCGCUCUGUUUAGACUGUAGCGAAUUGUUUGAAGGCUUCCUACUUUGUGUCCAUCUUUAGUCCUCGCAGCGAACCAGAAUUUUGCAAGGUGCUUGUCGAGUUUUUCUUCGCUGAAUUCGUAGAAGUUGUCCUCUCUCCAAUUUCAAUUAAAUAGUCCUUGAAUAUGCCUUCUGCUUUUUUUCAUUUUAGUUGUAUUGUUGUUUUUAAGGCUCUCUUGUCUUAUUUUCAAAUCUUCGUCAGAAAUUUGUUGAAAUCGCGCCAUAUUAAAAUGGCCGCCAGCAAAACAUCGAUCUCGAACCCAUCUCCUAAACAUACGUCAGCAGGUGGGUUCAAGAUUGAACGCACCUCCUCGUAGCCAAUAGGAAAGCCGCUAAUACGCUAGGUAUGAGAUAAUAGAUAGAUGCUCUACCAACUGAGCUACACGGUCAGGACAGAUUGAAGACUGGAAAUUAUGAACUAUAUACUGAAUGUCAUAAACAUGUAUACACAGUAUUAUGUAGUUUUUACCUCAACUCGUGGAUGAAACAGGGUGUAUCAGAAAAAUCUACACAGUUGGAAAACGUUCACUAAAGUCAGAUGCGCGCGACAUUUGCGAAAACGUUCAGUAAGCCUAUGUACUUUAACGUUCUCUGGUGCAUCAGAUCUGCCACUAAAAGUGCUAGCGUUUUUAGAGUGGGAAAGCGGUUACUAAAACCCCCAAAAAGGCCUUGCGCAUAAACAUUUUUCAUCGGAAACAAAAUUUAAUCGCACAGAGUCAAAAUAUGGACUGUCUUGUACAAGCUACCAAACGCCAACGCCAUACGCCAACGUCAGAUCUUCAAAACGUGGAUUUUCUUCUAUUUUGUUAGUUCAAACGCAAUUUCUUUGCAUGAUUUCAAAUUAAUUUUAUGCAUGCUCGGACGUUUGCAUAAAUUAUACAGUACGAAAUUCGCAAGGCAAUUCCCAGCGUUUAUUUAUAAACAAAAUCAAUUUUCAACGUGCCCUCUUAUGUUGAUUUGAUUGAUUUUGUUUGGAAAUAAACACUGCAUGCAUGUAAAUAAUUUUGUGAAAGGACUUGGAAUUGGCUUGCGAAUUUCGUACUGUAAUUUAUACAAACAUCUGAGCAUGCAUAAAAUAAAUUUGAAAUCAUCCAAAGAAAUUGCGUUUGAACUAACAAAAUGGAAGAAAAUCCAGGUUUUGAAGAUCUCGCGUUGGCCUAGGCGUGUACCAAAUUUCUUGAAACUUCGAUAGCUUGUAUAACAGAGACCAUAUUUUGACUUGAGGGAGGGGAGGGGGGUAGUAACAGCUUUCCUACUCUAAUAACGCUAGCAUUUUAAAUCAUUUUAGUGCUAGAUGUACCAGAGAACGUUAAAGUACAUAGGCUUAGUGAACGUUUUCGCCAUUGUCGCGCGCAUCUGACUUUAAUGAACUUUUUCCAACUGUGUACUUCUUUCUGAUACACGUACACCCUGUAUAGUGGCAACCUUUUGAGGUAAAGAAACUACAUUAACUGCUAUAGCUCCGUCUAUAAUUAUAAUAUCGAGCACUCUUUUAGCAUUUUAUGAACCAAAACACACUCGUGUAUGUAUAUACAUGUAAGUACAAAUGAUAUAAAGAAUUCUGUUAAUUUACAGCAAUCCCAAUAUUGCAUGGGCAUAUAUUUGCCUCUUCAGAUAUUUGGAGACGAGCGGCGUUGAAAUGAUCAAGUGGUUGUAUUUACUAAUUACUAAUUUUAUAAUCAGGUGUACUACUAAAGCAUUCGACGAAAUCAGUUAAAAUUUUGUAUAUUUCAUAAUGACCUUCAUCGAGCAUGUGCUAUACAGCCCUGCGACCGCUGAAUACCCUGAUUACAGAAGCCUAUAAUGACAUGUGGGGAUUAGUGUAGUGUCGUAUCUAUUUUUGUUUUGCAGUAAUCUUUAUAUUGAAGAUAAACACCCGAUGGUUGUUAUAAAAACGAGAGAACUUUGGACGCUUUGGUUCAUGUUUCUUACUAAUGGGCAAGCUGUACAAUUUACAGCUGCAUUGUAUAAAGUGAGUACGCUAAAACAUCGUUUAUACUACACGCUCCAUUUUGGUACAAUUUUUAUGCUUGCUCGGAAUACCUAUUUACAAAGGCCAAGCAUGGAUAAAAAUGGUACGGGUGCCAGUUUUAUCCGUGCCGUACCAAAAAUUGAGUGUAGUGUAAACGGGGUUUUAAUGAACCUAUAGGGAUGGGUCGAAUACGAUCGAUAUACGAUAGUUGUUGGAGGUACUAUACUCUAGAUCUGUCUCGUCCUAUUUAUAAGAAUGACUCAAUGGACCGUCCAAAUUUGGUUAGGGACACGAUCCUAGCUUCGAGGACAAAGCCCAAUUUGUCAAUUUCAAACACUCACAGUCCGUACUUUAUCAGAUAUAAUACACUCGGCAGUCGCCUCGUGUUUUGCAUCUGAUAAAGCACUCCUGCUCGUGUUUUAAAUAGUACUUAAUAGACAGUAUCCAACGAAUUGCGAUCCUGUAAUACGAAAGCUGCAGUGUAUAUGAUUAUCCGUCAUCUUGAGGCACACUUCGGCUUUUUGUACGUAGACCCUUCGUAAAGAGAAUCAUUGGGAAAUGUUUUUCUAACUUGAUUGUAUUGUCAUCUUCCUUGCAUCAUAAUCUCGUGACGAACGCCAGCUUCAUGAACUACAAGGCUCCUGAAAUUACUAUAGAAUCAAGACAUGUAUUUUUCCACGUUUAGACAUACGGUCAGACGUUCAUCUCGGACGAUCGUUUUCUGGCAAUAGUUGGAUCCUUUGCUUCGAUAUUCAAUGGUCUUGGUAGAAUAUUCUGGGGUUAUCUUGCUGAUAGAAUAAGUUUCAGGGUAAGCAUAAUUAUAUAGUAUAAGGAUUGAAAAAUUUAGAUUAUACACCAGAGGGUCUGAAUUGUAGGUUGCAGGUUAGUGCAGAUUGUUAGUUGAGUUUUGUGGGUUUUGGUUAGUUUAAUUAAGAGGCCCCAAAUGGUUAGGAUGUGGCUAUAUAUGCAUGUUUAUGAUUUAUUGUCUAAAACAGAACGUACGAAAAUAGCCAAAAUCCAUGUUAACCAUCUAAUCAACUUGCAACAUCCUGCAACCUGCAAUUUAGAUUUUCCGAGAUAUACAUGCACUUAAUGAAUGUAUGAUCGAAAUUUCAGUCAAAUGUUUAUAUAUAUUAUCAGUGUAAUUUUCAGCCAAUUUAUUUAGAAUGCAAAAUUGGAAACAAAUAUUGAUGUUAGAAGUUGAAAUGUAGUCUAAAAAGUAGUAGUUCCUUCCAAACUACUAUAAAAUUAAACACUGCAUGGUACUUUGGGGUACAUGCAUGAAUUAAGUGUAUCCCUUAUCUGCGUUACGUCUUAGGACCUUUAUUGAUCUCUUUGGAGAGCUUCAUUUUGUGGCUCUACACUUGGUGAUAUAAUUUUGUUGUUGUUUGAAAUUGCAGCGAACAAUGAUCAUUCAAUGUAUAGCAAUGGCAUUUCUCUUCAUGACCUUCACAUUGACCGAGAAAGCUGGGGAGUGGAUGUAUUUUAUAUGGGUUUGCCUCAUGUUCGGAACGUUCUGUGGAAAUUUUGCUUUGUUUCCAGCGGCGACAGCCAAGGCAUUUGGGCAGAAAUAUUUCACAGUUAAUUAUGGAAUAGUGUUUUCAUCGCAGGUAUGGGAAUUAAUAUACAACUAAUUCAAAAAAGGUUGUCCUUUGCAAACCUUAAAUUCUAAGCCUUAAACCUUAAACCCUAAGCGUGCAAAGCAUAAUGGGAGCAUCAUUUAGUCAGUUUAGAAAUCAUGUAUAUGGGGCCCAUUUCUUAAAGACUGAUGGUAAAUAUCUCCUUACGAGAACAAUUCAUUCACAAAUGGCUGCAAUAUUCAAUUACCAAACUUGAAACUUGUGUUCCCAUUUAAGUUUUGCGCGCUUAGAGUUUAAUGUUUAAAAUUUAGAGUUUAAGGUUUUCAAAGGAUAACCUUUUUUUGAAUUGGCUGUAUUUUUAUAGCCAUCGAAUUAGAAUAUAAACCUUCUAUAUGCUUUUGUCUGUAGAUACACCGCGUAUACUAUAGUGACCGGUCAUUAUUUAUGGGGAGGGGUGGCGCCGAAGAGAAUUUCUUGGUAAACACAGCUGUCACACAUGUCCUUUACCACUUCUGUAACAUGAGUUUGAUAACUGCUUGUGCAAUUUUCUGCACUUUAAAGUUUCAGUGUUGUCAGUUUCAGUUUCAUGGUGACAAAUCGGAAAAUGAUCAAGAUAGUGACUCUGAUUGAUUUACAUAUUGCAUGUAUAUUGACAUAUGACUGUUGACUGAGUGCUUUUCAGUCUUCAAUAGUUGAGUGAGUCAUGUUUGGAGAUGACAAUAAAUUUUUAAUACCCAACCUUUGUGUUGUUUUUUUUUUUGUCAUUUACCCAAACUUUUACUCACUCAAAAUUUUGUUACCCAACCCUUUUCUCUUCGGUGCCUCCCCCCGCCAUAAAUAUUGACCGCGGUCCCUUAUUGCAAAGCUUUCCAUCCGUUAUUGCUAAUCAUUGAUGAAAAUCCGGGCUUACGGAUAUUCAUUGUCUAUUGAAAUUUCAGUGAUAAAUAAUGAAGAUUUUUAAAAGACGUUCAAUUUUUAUGUAGCAUUUUGUAUUUUGUAGAUUUUCGCUGGUGUAAUAGGAGCAUUGCUUGCACAGAACCUCAGUGAUAGUCUUGGAUGGUUUGGGAUGUUCUCUUUGGUCGCUGGUUUUUCUAUUCUAGGUAAGUAAUCAACAGUCUUUGUUAUUAAUUGCGCCAACAACGGUAGGUUGAUGCAUGGCGGUGCCGGUACAUGUACAUGCAUCGUAACCAAAAUCUAUAUAUGCGGAUUUUCACCAACUCUAUACGUAGUAGAUUUGGAAAAUUUGUAGAAGGAAAAAAUAAUUUUCCAGCAAUGCGUUUUGAAAGGUUUGAGAAAAAAUGCUUUCUAUUUCUUUUAUAAUAAAACUCAAUAGAUAGCUUUACAGGAAUAUAACUUUUUUUUUUAAAUCCUGCAUCAGAUCUUUAAUUGAAUAUGCUUGCCCAGUGUAUCACGAUGGUCUCCCAACGUAUCUUUCGAGUCAGGGGCGGCGGAACAGAUUUUGUUCUGGGGGGGCUAAAUUUUUUCGGCGACCCCCUCCCCCCCCGUCACCAAAAAAAUUUCGGAGGAAAAAAAUUUUAGGCGUAUAAUAUACAAAAAAAGGGACGAAAAAAUUUUUUCCGGACUUAUAUCAAAAAUUUUUUUCGGAAAUACGCUUUUUUUAAACAAAAUAUUGCAAAUUUGGCCCCUUAUACCUAAAUUUUCAAAAAAUAACCUAAAUUUUCCCCUAAUUUUCAAAAUUUUUUGGAAAAAUUCAAAUUUUCUGGGGGGCUAAGCCCCCCCACUUUUACUUCUGGGGGGACUUUAGCCCCCCUAGCCCCCCCUGUUCCGCCGCCCCUGUUUCGAAGUUUCGAAGCCCCCCCUGUUCCGCCGCCCCUGUUUCGCCCCUGUUUCGAACUAUUCAAAGACGAGCAAUGCGAAUCAUCUACCCAACAGAAUCUUACGAAGAUGCCUUAUUAUUAUUAUCAGGUCUAACUUCCCUAUUCCUACGGCGCCAACAGAUUACUAACAAAGUCUUCCUAAAUAUUAUGAACGAUGAUGCACACAAAUUACACGAACUACUGCCUGCUAAAAACAAUAUCUCGCUUAAUUUACGGAAAAAGUCGAAAUUCAUUAACCCAAGAGUAAAAACGAACCGUUAUAGAAAUAAUUUUAUCAUCAGUAAUUCAAUUAAGGCAUAAUUAACAAUAGCUAGUAUUAGGCAAUCUAAGUAUAAACACGAUCAGUUCAGGAACUGUUUUAAACAAUGAAUCAUUUCAGAAAUAGUUUUACCGUAACCUAAUUUAGGCAUAAUUAGCAUUUAGCUAUUGUAUUUUCUAAUUUGUACAUAUAUAAUGCAUAGUGGAAUUCUCCAACAUGUUUUAAGAUCCUCUCUUUUAUCAAUUCCUGUAAAUUUUACUUAAUUCAGCUUAUGGCUGCAAUGUAAAUUUCAAUAAACUAUCUAUCUAUCUAUCUAUCUAUCGAUUAACUUAGUAUAAAACGGUCAAGUUUCCUUUUUUGCUUGUGGUUCGUAUAGCUUAAUUUGGUUCUUAAAACUAAUGAUAUAACACAUUUUUGUUCGAUUACAUGCAGCACGUGUUAAAAUCGUUUUUCACCUGUUUUAAAAAAAUCAUAGCUGCAUGCGAGACGGAAAAUUUUCCGUGUUUCUGUAUAGCUAUAGAACACGCUUCUUCACCAAUGGCCAUCAUAAGAUUGCAAUUUACGUGCAUGGGCGUAUCUUUAUACACGCAUAGCCUCGACUUCAUUCUUUCAUUUUUUUUGAAUUUUAGUCAGUCUUAUUGCUAAUGUCUGACGUUUCUGCAUGUCUGCACUCCAUGCAGUAAUUCUAGUUAGUCGGAUCUAUACAAAGUUAUUAUUUCUUUAAAAAACUAAUACAUAUGCUAUACAUGCAUAUAUCGAUUUUUGAGAUAUACAUACAUGUAUGGUAUAUCACUGGAAAAAAUAGUGAAAUUCAUUCUUGUCUAUGGAAUUUGCGAUUGCAUCACUAAAUGCGUAUAAUUUAUAGUAUAUACAAAAAAGUUAAUGAAUUUUUUAGCGAUUCCUAGCCGCCUUUCGCGCUCGUAUUCGACUUUUCCGCUUUGCUCGGGAACAACCUUAAUUGAAAUAGCUGUAUCCAUACUAUUUGGAAAUUGGAAAUAUGUUGUAUGAAAAUUGGAUUUCCGUACUAUUUUCAACUAUAAGAUCCGUACUAUUUCCACAGUAAGGAUUUUGAACAAUAAUUCCAGUGUAUAUAUAAGUGUGUUUAAGGUGUAAUUUCUUGUUGGUUUAAUUUUUUCGCCCCAGGUUUAAUAUUGGCCAUUUCAUUCAAUGUGAAGAAACCAAAUGGAAAAGAUAUUUAAUUAUAAAUGCGACUAAAUGUAAUGUUAUCUGUUGUGACGUUAACAGCGUAGAUAUUCAACAACGUACGUAAAUAGCUGUUAUCGUAAUUGAAUACGUCUAUGCUACAGACCAGCGGUUUCUGCAUUAUUUUAACAUCGAGACGAGGCCAUAGGGUCAUGUUUUGUGUUUUUUUACCCUUUAGCCUCGUUUUCGUGAGUACUUCCACUGAGAUACCGCUGGUAUUCCGCAGCGGCGUAUUCAAUUACGAUAACAGCUAUUGGGAACUGUACAGGAUUUUCACAAUUUUCUAGUGUUAAUCCCAAUGGAACAUCGCAUGUUGGGUUUUUUUUCACAUGGUCGUAAAGUCUGUAGUGCAUAUUCUGUCUGUUAAUUUGUUUAAUUUUAUCCAUAGCUUAUCGUUUGUAAUUAGUGGGUGAAAAGCCACUCCGUACGUGGAAGUAAUCCCAUGCACUAUCUUAACUUACGCGUUUAUAGCGAACAUUCCACUGGCAAAGUUUUCCUGGCUUUGCUAUAUCACAGUAGGGGCGCACCAUUAGAAAAGUGAUGGGGGGUUAUGGACCAGAGAUACAUUAUUUUUUUAAAUAACAAAUUAAACUAGAACUUAAAUUUGUAAAUUAUUGUAGACUCUUUAUUCUAAAGGCCCAUUUACACGAUACGAUUAGUUGUAUACGAUUCUUACUCUGGCGUAUGUGAUCGAAUAAACACGCGUACAAACGUCACAUUUCAAAUUUCACCAUUAGCGAAUGAGCAAUAACGUGGCAUUAGCACUCGUUUUCAUUCGUCAGAAUGACAAUCGUAUACAACUAAUCGUAUCGUGUAAAUGGGCCUUAAUAAAAUUAUACGAUCAUCAUCAUUACUAUUAUUAUUGUUGUUAUUGUUGUCGUUGUUGUUGUUGUUAAUGUUAUUAUUAUAUAAUUAUUGUAAUUUUUGUUAUUAUUGUUAUUGUUGUUGUUGUUGUCGUCGUCGUCGUCGUGUGCUCUAAACUUGACUGUUUAAUCUGAUCGGAUAACCUGCAGAAUCCAGGAAACAACAAGUCUGCUGAGAAUGUCAGUACCUUUCUAAGAAUCCUUGCUGUACCAAGCAACACUGAUUUCUGCAUUUCUGUUUGAUGCCUAUUCACUCGAAAAGACGUUCUGCCUGAUUGUGAUCCACUUUAGCCUUAAUUGCAUUCUUUCUAAUUGCCUGAUCCUGAACUACUAAAAUUAAUCCUGUCUCAUUUAUAUUUCCCUGCCUCAAUCAUAUCCACAUCCCAUCACUAUAGCUAUAUUUCUUCUGUCUGGCUUAAAUACACACACCCUCUGAGUUUUCUAUAAACCUUUCAUCUCUAUACACGUCUUCUUAAAACUAUCGACACUGUCGGUAUCUUACCGCAUCUAGUCAACUUCACUUCGUGCUGCUACUAACAGUCCCUUGUGACUAGUAAGAAAAAUGCAUGUGUAGAUCAAGUUAAACAUAAAAUAAAACUGAUUUAUUAAGGGACCGGUCAUUAUUUAUGGCAGGGGUGGGGGCCGAAGAGAAAAUGGUGGGGUAAUAAUAAAAAUAAUACUUGCUUUAGGUGGGGUGGCCAAAAAAUCCUUGCAUGCAGAGGUGGGGUAAAAAAAACACCUUACUUUAAUCACACACAAUACAAUAUAUACUAGUAUCAGAGUUUAAUAUGUGAUUAUUCUAAUUUUUUAAUAAAAUAUUGCUUUCCAAAAUGUUGACAGAAACACCCCCUCAACCAACCCGUAAAGGGUCAUUUUUAUAUUCAUUUACACACAAAAUCUCCAAAGACUCCAAUUACCAGACAAAAUAUAUACUGCCUAUAUAUAGGGGCUGUUUAUAUGGUGCAACUGCAAGCCAACCCCAGGGUACCCAAGCUGGCCCAGUUUUGGCGAGAUCCUGCCUUUGUUGUUAUUUCUUACUAAAGUUCACCUUGUGUAUAUACGAGUAAAGAGCAGGCUCAGCUAUAGCUAAGCGAGAUCCCGCCCCUUUAGCCCGAGAUCUUGCCUCAGGAAAAGACAAGUGACCUUACGUCUGUAGCCCCUAACCCCAGGCAUCCAGCCUCGCCCCCAUAUAAACAUCCCCUUAUUACAUAUCUCAAAAAGUAUAUGUACAGUCUAUUAAAUUUUCAGGAUUUAAUUUUUGGGCAUCUACACUUGAUACUGUAUAACUAAUAUUUAUAUCCAGUAUGUGCUUGUAAACCAUGUGGACAAUUCAGGUAGCAAAUCAUGAAAUAUGCCCCAUGCCCCUUGUACUGUGAAUCUGGAGAAUCAUUCCAAUGGCUAGUUCAUAAUAUGUUGAGCUCAAACAUUGUUCUGAGUCUUUGGCAACUAGCCGUUUUUCUUUACUAGCAGACCAUAUACAUGGAUAAAAUAAGAGAAAUCUAUUUACCCGUUUUACAAAUUAAUUUAAUUGUUUAUAUAAUCAUACUUGGAAUUCGGAUGAAUAUCUUUAUCUUCACAUUGUAUAACAGCAACUUUUUCUCAUUAAUUUACAGUAACAUCAUUUUCUAAAUUCAGAUAUUCUCACAUGGGACAUAUACUUUAGUAUCGUUGUAUUGUUUACAAAUUAAAAUAUUAAAUUGAUUUCAUAAACUUCAAGAAUUCUUAAGGAAUUCCUUUAAAAUUUCAUGAUAAUGCAUGUGAUUGUUAUAGUAAGGAAAUGUUAAAGCAAUUUCAGAGAAAAUUUUAGAAUUUAGAUAGAAUAUUUUGUGAAACUGUUUCAAAAUAAAAUUGCAUUUUAAUUAAUAAAGAAAUGCAAGAAUGUGAAAGAAACCAAAUUAUAUACAGUGAAACUUUAAAGUGGGAAAGAGAUAGGGUGGUGAAAUACGGUUAGUGUUCUAAAAUGUUGAAAUAUAUGCUGUACAGGUUUUAUCAUGCAUGGUUAGUAUAUGUUUAUGGGACUAGCAUUGCACUAUCUCGGUGAAAAGGGAAUAUAGCGUUGAAUACAAACUAUAAAAACCCAUUCAUAUUUCAAUUUUACAAGUAGACAAAUUUUAAGCCUUUAGAUAACUAUAAUUCUUUAUAUAGUACCUUGCUAUUGUAGGGGUAACCCAUAAUAAGGCAUGACUGUUAGUGUGCUUUAUUAAUUACUCCACAAGAAAUAAGGGGCAAGGGAUAUUGGUAAACAAGUAUUACCAAUCAAUCCUGUUCCCUUUUAAUUAUAAUGGCCACUGUGGUCAAAGCACCCUAUAAUAAUUAUUAUUUACGUUCUCUAUAACAGCAGAUGAUUUUACUCAUCAAGGGCAAUUUUGUACCUUGAUGAGUAAUACACACACAAAAUACUAACUGUUUCAUUACAUAUUUUAUGUCUGAACCUUUGACAUUGCAACAAAAUAGGUUUGGGUGGGGUAAAAAAAUUUUCUUGCAUUCCACCGGUGGGGUAGCUAGAAAUUUUGUUUCGAAAAAGGUGGGGUAAUGAUUUUUUCCGGCUUCAUUAUACUUUCUCUUCGGCUCCCACCCCUGCCAUAAAUAAUGACCGGUCCCUAACCCUAUACAAUGCGUAUUUGAGCACGUAUCAUGUCCGCCAACAUGCACUCGCAUUCACCUCUGAGUGUGUUUUUCCAAGGUUAUGUUUGUGCUUAUAUUCUGGCAAGCAUCUUUGUGCUUGCAUCCCAGCAAAAUAAUACCAAACAGAAUAGAUUAUAUUUAAGAUCUAUAUAGAUUAAGCCAUAUGUUUACAGAUGUAGAAGAGGUGCUGUGGUUUAAUACAUAGUCUAUCAUGAUCCGAUAGUCUAAAUCGUUGCAUGGGUUAUAUUUUUGUCUGAGUUUAUGUUAAUUUUUGCACGGAGAAAGAAAAGUAUUACGGCAGAGUCUAACGUUCAUCAACAAUCUCGGGUGCGUGGCUAUGAUCCAAGGUUUCAUCGUUGGACCUCCUCAUUGAUCUCAAAAAUAUGGCUGUUUGCCUGGAGUGGAUAAGCAAGAUUUCAAUUUUCGAAAUUAGGCGUAAAAAAAAUACCUGUGGUUCCGGUUUCAUAUCGUGAAAAAAUUAGGGUCGGUAGGUCGGAAAUAUUUUUUUUUUAAAAAAAUUUUUUUUGAAUAGUUUUUUCAUGGUUUUAGCGUUUUUUUGCUGGGCGAUUUGCAGUAGAGUCCCGACAUCAAUAUUAACUAGAGAUGCGUAUUUCCUAUGGACGAAUUUAGGCAAUUUGGUUCAAUAAUUAGUGUGACAACAGACGCCAUUUUGGCACGCUGUAUGAGCAGCCCGCAACCACCUGGAGAAAAUAAGGUCGUACGGUCAAUCGCGCUGAAAAAAUAAUAGGGUCGGCAGAAAAAAAAUAGGUACCACAGGAACCACAGGUAUUUUUUUUUUAAGCCAAACAUACAUUUGGAAAAUCGUUUCAUACAAUGAGCUUAAAAAGCAAUUUUUGUUUGAAGAAAUAUAAGAAGAACUGAUUUAAUAUGGGAAAUCGUAAAAAGGUUUGCUUUGAAUGUUUUUAAACAUUAAAAUGUUCAUAAAUUUUGUUGCUUGAAUUUUUUUACCUAAAAUAUGCACUGCGCUUUCCUUUUCAAUGAAACUGCAUGUAAAUUUCCUAAAUUACCCUGUUUGAUUUAAUUAAGUAAAAACUUAAAUUGUAAAGGUUAAGCAAAUUAAUUUGAAAACUGAGAUUAUUGAUUAAUUUCAACUGAUUGUAUUUUAGGUAAAAACAAGUUUAUCGGCAAAAGCAGUUUUAAUUAGUUGAAUAAACAUUUCUGAAUAUUUUACGACGCGUUUCGUUAAAUUUUAUAUUUAAUCAAAGCUCACAAAAUAUUAUGUUAAAAUAAACUACACUAUCAGUCUGGCAGUCGAAAGCUCGUCUAAAUAAAUGUUUUUAACCAAUGAAUGUUUGAAAUAUUAUGUUAAAAUAAACUACACUAUCAGUCUGGCAGUCGAAAGCUCGUCUAAAUAAAUGUUUUUAACCAAUGAAUGUUUGAAACUCUUUACACGAUGCAUGCUAUAUUAAAAUUAUAAAGUAUUUACAAAUAUACUCAGUUCAGGAUUAUAUAUAAUUAACUGUAUAGUUGAAAAAAGUUCACCUCAAUUAGAUAAAAAAAUUUUAGUUCGGUUUAAAGAGUUGAAAUUAUUAGAGUUCUUUGUAAGGUUAAAACUGAUCAAAGUCAACUAUACUUCGAGCUUCGGUAGCGGAAGAAUGACGAGGAUAAGUCUUGCAGCGAAGAUUAUCGUUAAACCAUCUACAUAAGUGUUUUAUGUCGGAGUUUGCUUUCAAGACUCCAAGCGUUGUUUCAUGUAAAAUAUAUCAGAGUAUUCUUUGCUUGCACAUGACGUCACUACGGCCAUCUUGGUUGAUUUUAAAGUUUUGUCCAAUAUUUUUGGUUCGUUUUCAAAACAUCUUACUGUAUUGUAGUCUCCCACGCAACCGCUCUUUGACGACACAAGAGCCGCUGCGUGGGAGACUAACUAUUGUGGAUAGUUUACGAUUUCUGGCACAAUACGACAAAGAAUGAAGAAUAUAGAUUUUUAGUUGCCACGAAAAUCAACCAAGAUGGCGUCGAUUGCAAACGAGCAAUUGUCAGCGUAUGCAAAUCAUUAACAUAAAAUAAUGAGUUGAACCCAAAACACUACCUUGAGGAACUCUGACAGGAACAUGUCUGAAAGAGGAAACGGUAUUAGCCACGGCGGUGAGGUCGAUCUCUAUAUUAAUACAACUGCACUAUUUUAGACACAACCGUAAUUCUAACCUCAAUCGUCACCCUAUAAGCAUUACUGUUAUACUAACUGUAACAAAUAUCCUAGUCACAACCCAAAUUCUUGUGGCCGCGUCUUGAGAAGGAGACAAAGUGACAAGUAAAUCUGGUGGCCAGUUUGGCUCUAAAAUAUGGAUGUACAAUUUCUAAUUUUGUAUUCACCUUUCAGAAUGUACUUGUGGCCCGCGAACACGCUGACCAGUGGUGGCCCAAAAUACGACACCGUACAGAUAAUGAUUAACGCAUUCGCAGUCACGUGACGUUUCCAAUAUUUCAGCCAGACUUUUCGCAUUGGAAUGUCAUAAAAAUGAAUUUGGAUGUAAACUGAAAUUAUGUUGAAUACGAAAUCUAUGGCCAAACUUAUGGCUAUCCUGGUUAAAGAACCUUUUAUAAUUUGCCAGAUUGAGACAUCAAAGCUCGUCACCAGAAAAGAGGCUAAAUACGCUUGACCAAGGAUGACCGUAGUGUACUCAAAUAAGAUAUUUUGAAGUUCGAGAUCUGCGUUGAACCGACGAAUACGCGGCGAAUUUAAAGGUUGCACUUUGAAUCUUAGCCCACAGCAAGUGUUAAGACAUUUAAUGACAAACGUCCACAUCUUUAUACGAAUGCCAAGCGUUGCUUUACUGAGAACGUUUGAGAGACCAUGUAACAAGGAUAAACCGAUGAAAAGCCAUAUAUUUUGAAAAUCCGACUGCAUAGUUCGGUAUAGUACAAUCAAAGCUCCACGUAGGAAAUAGCAUAAUACAAAGGCGCGAUCUGGUGAAAUGAUCUCCGAGCUUUUCCUGAGAACAAUGUAUUUUGCAAUCACAGUUACAGGCAUAAAUAUUCCUGGUGUGAGUGCGGCGAUUAUAGCUUUUUUAAUCUUGCCUUGUGUUUCCCUAAAGUAUUUUACGAUAACGUAUUCGUAGAAAGGACCAAUUAUGCAAGAACCCAGGAAGGCGAACGAAAGGAUGAAAACAAUUCGGAACAAACUGUAGGUUGUUGCCGGGUUGACUUUCUUGAAUUUACGAGCAACUAAAUAAGCACCGCAGAGAAUGGAAAAGACAAACAAGACGUUGACGGAUAACCUAAAGAAAAGAGUAAACUAGUACACAUAAAUCAAUUAGCAAUUAAUUAACAAUUGAUUACUAUUAAGACCCGUCCAGUGGUUUCAGAUAUGCUGGUAUUUGGACCAUUUUACUUUUGGUACACAAUACUGGCCUACCGGAUAGCUUCUGUUGAGGCGCGAAAAAGCACCUAUCCGAUAUCGAAUGUACAAGUUGCAGAACCUGAGCGAAACAUCACAUCUCCGUUGCAGUAAUUCCUCUGAAAAUUGCAUUUCUAAAAGGUACGGAUAGGAGUCUCUUCACGUCACUACGGAAGGCUAUCCAGUAUAGCGGUGUAAACACAGCCUGACAUAUUUUAAUAUGGUAAAACAAACUCCUAUACUAACAAACCGUCGCAAUAAUAUUCUCAGUUCCCGUUUCAGACAAGAAAAUAAUAUGCAGCUGAUUUAAAACAAAACAAUUCGAUAAUCGAGAACAGUCAGAAAUACCGGUACCGGCAAAAUGUAAUUUAAAAUAGCACUUCGACCUAAGGAAUAUAGAAAGCUUAAAAAAGCAUUAAAGUUAUAUUCAACGAAACGAAUUUUAAAAACCAUAUUGAAGCGAACAAACUAAUGAAAAAUUCUGUGAAAAAUUCUCUAACUUUUAUUCAAGUGUAUUGAAUCUUGGUUUUAUCGGCAGUGCUGACUGUUUAACUUGUGGAUUGAGGAGCGUCCGUUUUGUAUUAUGGAAUGACAAAAAUUUAAACAUACCGAAUAGCAACGAAG